GAUGAACAUUUACAAAGUGUUCUCUCCAAUCCAACACACAUCUUGACAAAACUCCAUAAAUUCGUGUCAAGAUGGCGCAAGUUAUCUCCAACUCUGGUCAUGAUGACAUGAUUGUAUGUAUUUUCACUUCCCGCGCAUACAAAUACAAGUAAAACAAUCAAAGCUAACUUACUUAACCUUCUCCAGCAUGACGCAGUUCUUGAUUAUUACGGCCGUCGACUGGCAACCUGCUCCUCUGACCGAACAGUAAAGAUCUUUGAAGUCGAAGGCGAAUCUCACCGUUUGACUGAAACCCUCAAAGGGUGAGUUCUCUCCAUUCAUACAUCUCCAUCAAGGUGUUCCUUACUAACAAAACACAACAGUCACGAAGGAGCCGUCUGGUCCGUUUCCUGGGCCCAUCCCAAAUUCGGCAACAUCCUCGCCUCCGCUGGCUACGACGGUCGUGUCCUCAUCUGGCGGGAAACAGGAACCUCAUGGACUCGCGUCUUCGAAUUCACCUUGCACACCGCAUCGGUAAACAUCAUCUCCUGGUCACCACAUGAAUCCGGCUGUCUUCUCGCCUGCGCCAGCUCCGAUGGCAAUGUCAGCGUACUGGAAUUCAAAGACAACGCCAUGGACCACAAGAUCUUCCCCGCGCAUGGGAUUGGUGUAAACUCAGUCUCCUGGGCCCCUUCGUCGGCUCCGGGCAGCUUGGUGUCGGCGGCUGGUGGCGCAGGGGGUGUCAAGAGAUUUGUGACUGGGGGAUCGGAUAACACGCUGAAGAUUUGGGCGUUUGAUCAGGCGAGUCAGAAUUAUAAACAGGAAGGGGCGAGCUUGACGGGUCAUACGGAUUGGGUGAGGGAUGUUGCGUGGAGUCCGACGGUGCUUCAGAAGAGUUAUAUUGCGUCGGCGAGUCAGGAUAAGACGGUGCGGAUUUGGACGAGUGACCCGAGUACACCCAAUGAAUGGAAGAGUACGGAGUUGAGGUUUGAACAGGUCGUUUGGCGCGUGAGCUGGAGUCUGAGUGGGAAUGUUUUGGCCGUUUCGGCGGGGGAUAAUAAGGUUUCUCUGUGGAAGGAGAACUUGAAGGGGGAUUGGGAGUGUGUUAAGAAUAUUGAGGAAUAG